AUGCCGCUGCCAGAGAUCCGCUCCAGCCCGGUCCUGGGCCGCCAGGCCAAGGCCCAGUUCCUGAAAGAGGUCUAUGACGUGACCUUCUCAGGCAGGGAGAACGUCUGGAAGGUUGUGGAGAAGGAGAAGCGGGAUGCCAAGCCAGAGAAGGUCCCGGACUGGAUGCGUGAGCGCAGACGAGCCGAAGAGCGUGCAGAGAAGAAGUGGAGCAAGAAGUUUCAGGAGUGGCAGAUGAGCUUUGAGGCUGCCCAGGACGCUCCGGAGGAGAUCCAGCGGAUGCCCUCAUAUCGCGAGGUGGAGAAGCUCGACAGCUCGGCGAAGGGCCGGGAGGAGGUGCAGAAGGCGCAGCGGGAGGCGCAGGAGCUGCGCCGGGAGUGCACGCGGCUGGAAGCCGAGCUCAGCCGCUUGUACGAGGAGUUCCGGAGGGUUCGACGGGAAGGAAUGGAGGAGAGCAAGCGCCGCGAGAAGCUGGAGCAGCACCUGGAGACCGUGGCAAAGGACCACGAGGCGUGGCGCGAGCGCAGCGAGCACCGGGAGUCCCAGCUUCAGCAGGCGCGGCUGCUGCGCCGGAGCGUGGCCAGCCGCGUGGCGCUCUUCGGCUACGAGCUCCACGAUCUCAGCCUCAGGGCUGCGGGCACGCUGUCCCAGGCGGCUGCUGACAAAGGUGAAGAGCCUCCUGAGGAUGAGGUUGAGGAAGAGGCGGACGCGCUCCUUGACGCCGCAGCUGUCAACGAGGAGAUCGCACGGUUCCUGGAGCAGGAGCCGAUGCCAGACGAUCUGAUUGAGGAGCCUGUGCCGGCUGAUGGUCCCCGUGAUGAGGAGGCUUCACCUGCUGUGAGUCCUCAGCAUGGCGAGGAUUCAAGAGAAGGGCAGGUUGAGGAGCCUGUGCCGGCUGAUGGUCCCCGUGAUGAGGAGCCAGAUAGCCCUGGGCAUGACUGGCAUCCGGACUCAGAGGAGGAUUCACCUGCUGUGAGUCCUCAGCAUGGGGAGGAUUCAAGAGAAUGGCAGGUUGAGGAGCCUGUGCCGGCUGAUGGUCCCCGUGAUGAGCAUGGCGAGGAUUCAAGAGAAGGGCAGGUUGAGGAGCCUGUGCCGGCUGAUGGUCCCCGUGAUGAGGAGCCAGAUAGCCCUGGGCAUGACUGGCAUCCGGACUCAGAGGAGGCUUCACCUGCUGUGAGUCCUCAGCAUGGCGAGGAUUCAAGAGAAGGGCAGGUUGAGGAGCCUGUGACGGCUGAUGGUCCCCGUGAUGAGGCUUCGCGGGCAGAUUGUGCUCAGAAUGGCGUUGAGGUUGUCCAGGAGCCCUCGCCUUCCGUCGAGGCAGAUACAGAGGUUGCCGAGGCACUUCUGAGGCACGCAGAGCUUGCAGAGGUGACUUCACGGCCGGCAAGUCCUCAGCAUGGCGAGGAUUCAAGAGAACGGCAAGUUGAGGAGGCUUCGCGGCCAGUUAGUCCUCAGUAUGGCGGUGAUGUCGUCCAGGAGCCCUCGCCCUCAGUCGAGGCAGAUGCAGAGGUUGCCGAGGCACUUCUGAGGCACGCAGAGCUUGCAGAGGUGACUUCACGGCCGGCAAGUCCUCAGCAUGGCCAGGAUUCAAGAGAAGGGCAGGUUGAGGAGCCAGAUAGCCCUGGGCAUGACUGGCAUCCGGACUCAGAGGAGGCUUCGCGGCCAGUUAGUCCUCAGUAUGGCGGUGAGGUCGUCCAGGAGCCCUCGCCCUCAGUCGAGGCAGAUGCAGAGGUUGCCGAGGCACUUCUGAGGCACGCAGAGCUUGCAGAGGUGACUUCACGGCCGGCAAGUCCUCAGCAUGGCGAUGGAUGACCAGAGGCCACGGCUGCGCAAGCCGCAUGUGGCAAACUCGUGUCACUAGGAACCUUCCUGGUUGGAACCGUCGGAUCCGCCACCAAGUGGCCCGCGCUCUCACGAAGUGAAGCGCGGGAGCGGCCGGGA